UAACCCAAUUACGUCUAAAACCGUCCCCACUAAUCACAAUUUAUACAAAAAUGAUAAAAUUUCGUCGUAAAUCGCAAAAAAUGGUCAUUUAUCUUAUCAGUGUUACAAAAUUGGUAUCCCUGUCAACAUAAGAAAUGUCAAUAAAUAAGUAGCAAUAAAAUGCAAAAUUGAUAAGAAAAAGAGCAACCAUAAAUGAAAAAACCCUUCUAGUGUUGUUUUAACCCUUUUAGAUUAGUAAAAUCGUAUCAGGAGUCGUUUUUUGUGUGCUACUGAAACCUAACCUCAAAAUGGCCCGUCAGAGACGUAAUCAGGGCUCCGGAGACCCCAAUAAAGGCACAAAUAGUAGUAGCAGCAACGGUAGUAAUUCUACCAACAACCGAUCAUCAAAAUCCAGCAGUCUUCUCUCAUACUGGAAACAAAUUAUCGGUUGUAUCGUUCUAGGAAUCGCAGUGUCUUUGGGGUACAUGGGGUACUUGGAGACACGUGUCAAUACCCCAUUCGAUGAUAAAAAGAUGGUUGUCAGAAGUGGAUUAGAAGUCCCUGAACAAUAUUGGGGGUCUUACAGACCGGGGCUUUAUUUCGGAUUAAAAACACGCGACCCCAUGUCACUAGUCACAGGUCUAAUGUGGUAUUUUCCGAAACGUUUACGUCCAGGGGGCGAUGGUAUAAGACAUUGGUGUGAACAAAACGAUGGGUUGGAGAAAUACGGAUGGGUGAAACACGAUGGUAGUAAUUUUGGGGUACAGGAAAUUAUUGAUGGGGGCUAUACUAUCGAUACUUCGUUUGUUAAACGACUAGGUGGGAGUCAUGGGGGUGAUUGGACGGCUAGAAUCACAGUAACCAAACCUGGGAAUUUUGAUGACGUUUCACUCAUCUGGUAUACAGCCUUGGAUGAGGAAACGAAAGGUUUUAUAUCACUUACAAAUUCCGCAACGAAAUUUACCGGAAUUAAAGGCGAAACUUCCGGUUUAGGGGAAUUCACUAUUAAAUUCACUAAUAGUUCCGGUAUUGUGAGUCAUGAAUCGUUUUUGAGUACUAUAGCGCCGGGACUUCACCUACUUAAAGAGACAGUGGUGGGGUCAUUAAGAUUGGCACAAGACAAACCAAAUUCCCCUAGACGAAUCAUCUUAGGUGGGGAAAUAUUACCAGAAGCGGGGACAGGAAAAGCACAACCGAAUUUCGUCGCUGUACAAUUGACAGGGAAAGUCCCGUUUUCGGUCGAUGUCGUUUUCGAAUCGGGUAGUUUCGGCACAAGACAGGAUACCCUAGUGGGGGAAACCUAUACCAAGGCUUUAGCCUGGCAUGAGGCUAGGUUUGGGCAAAGAUUCGAGGAUACAUUCGGAUUGCAUAAAAAAGGUUAUGGUCCCAAAGAGGUGUCCUUUGCCCAGGCGGCGCUCAGUAACAUGCUCGGUGGUAUCGGCUACUUUUUUGGUACAUCCAAAGUGCAAAGUUUUUAUACCAAAGAACCGGUUCAUUAUUGGCGUGCCCCCCUUUAUACCGGAGUCCCCUCUCGAAGUUUCUUCCCUCGUGGUUUUCUCUGGGAUGAAGGUUUCCAUGGAUUUCUUAUCGCAACGUGGGAUCUUGACCUUGAACUUGAUAUUAUCAGUCAUUGGUUUGAUUUGAUGAAUGUUGAAGGGUGGAUCCCCCGUGAACAAAUUCUCGGUGUUGAAGCAUUAGCGAAAAUACCCGAAGAGUUUGUCGUUCAACGUAACACUAACGCUAAUCCGCCUACUUUCUUCCUCACAUUGCAAUUUAUUUUGAGGAAAUAUUACGAUAAAUUGAGUGAAGGACGUUUGGCAACACUGGAACGUCUAUAUCCACGAUUACAGGCGUGGUUUGCAUGGUUUAAUACAACACAGAAAGGGGCGGGGCCUGGAAUGUAUCGAUGGAGGGGGCGUGACGCUUCAACCAAUCGCGAAUUGAAUCCAAAAACUUUAACUUCGGGUCUUGACGAUUAUCCACGAGCAUCGCAUCCGACCGAAAACGAAUAUCAUGUCGAUUUAUAUUGCUGGAUUGCCAUUGCGGCUGAUACGUUAGCAAGAUUGGCAACACUGUUAGACCGUGAUGGAUAUAAAUAUGAACAGACAGCCGAUUAUUUAAAAGAUAAUUUCCUAUUGGAUAAUCUUCAUUGGUCGAAUUAUGCGUCUAGAUAUUCAGAUUAUGGUUAUCACACUGAUUCUGUUAAAUUAAAAAGGCCGAAACCGUUACCAAGGUCACAAAAUCAAAAUAUGGAAAUGGUACGUGUGACCUUGAAGAAUCCUGAAUACCGAUUGGUGGAUUCGACAUUUGGUUAUGUCAGUCUAUUUCCAUUUUUGUUACAAAUGGUCGAUUCUGAUUCGUUGAAAUUGGGUCAGAUUUUAGAUGACCUUCGAAAUCCUGAUUUACUAUGGACCAAAUUCGGUUUAAGGUCAUUAUCGAAAAAUUCACCAUUGUAUAUGAAACGUAAUACUGAACAUGAUCCGCCAUAUUGGAGGGGUCAAAUUUGGAUCAAUAUUAAUUUUCUUGCAGUCCGGGCCUUAUAUUUCUACGCCAAUACGGAAGGGCCAUAUCGAGACAAAGCCAACACGAUUUAUAAAGAAUUGAGAGAAAAUGUGAUAAAAAAUGUUAUGACGCAAUAUUUCAAAACGGGUUAUUUAUGGGAACAGUAUAAUGAUGAGACAGGAGAGGGGAGCGGUUGUAGGCCCUUUACUGGAUGGACAGCCCUGGUUGUGUUACUUAUGGGCGAACAAUAUUGAGUCAAUAAAAAUUUAACUACG